AUAGAAUGUCUGAACUUGCCAUUAAAUAACAGCACUUCAUUAAAACCGUUUCGGUUCAAGGAACUGAAUUUCUCGUGCUAAACUACUUCGCUUGUGCUAAUAAAAGUUUUAAAUAAAAUGCAUUCGGAAAUACAAGAAUUUUAUAAAAAUAAAACGAUUUUUCUAACUGGGGCAAGUGGAUUUUUGGGAAGAGUUAUUGUUGAGAAGUUGCUGCGGGCAACGGAGGUGUCUCGAAUCUAUGUGUUACUUCGACCGAAACGUGAAAAGAAUACUCAGGAGCGCCUUGAAGUAUGGAAAACCGAUCCCCUGUUUGGUUUGUUGCUUAAAACAAAACCAAAUGUGCUGGAUCGUGUUGUGUGCAUAUCGGGGGAUUGCAAUGCACCCGAUCUGGGCAUCAGCUUAGAGGAUCUUAAGCUGCUGAAAAAGGAGACACAGGUGGUGAUCCACUCGGCGGCUACGGUGAACUUUGCUGAGCCGUUGCACGUGGCGCUGGAUACGAAUACUCGUGCAACUCAUCUCAUGCUGCAGCUGUCCAAGGAAAUGGGACGUCUUGUGGCCUUUGUUCACGUCUCCACGGCCUUUAGCAAUUGCGUAAUCCAUCACAUAACGGAACGUUAUUACCCCGGUCAUCUGAGCUGCAGCGUUGACAAGGUUUUGAAAGUAAGAGAAAUGUGUGACAAUAAUCUGAUUGAUAGCAUGGCACCAGCUCUGUUGGACAAGUUUCCCAAUACAUACACCUACACAAAGGCAUUGGCGGAGCAGUUGGUUCAAACGGAGGCGGCCAAUUUACCAGUGUGCAUCUUUCGUCCAGGGUCAAUUGUUGCGACCAGCAUGGAGCCAAUGCCUGGCUGGAUAGAUAACAUCUACGGACCCAUUGCUAUGGUCUAUGGUGCAGCAUUUGGUGUGCUUCGUGUUGCACCUAUCUCUGGUAAGGCCAUUGCUAACAUCGUGCCAGUUGAUUUUUGCGCCAACAUAAUUUUGGCUUCUGCCUGGAAAACGGCCAAGGAGACGGCAGGACGUAGUCCCCAAACUCGAACUUCAUUGCCUCCGACCAUCUAUAAUUAUGUGCCAAAUGAAAAGAAUCUAAUAACAAAUGAUGAUUUCACGGACUAUGUUGACAGGCACCGAUACAUUUUCCCAUUGAGAAAAGCCAUCUGGUAUCCUUACCUCAUUUCCUUCUCCAUCCAAUGGGUGUUCAAACUGGCGGCUAUCUUCUAUCAUUUGAUACCUGGCUAUCUUAUCGAUUUUGGGCUUUGGGCGCAGGGCAAAAAGACGCGUAUGAUUAAAAUGUACUCCAAAAUACAUAAAACUAUGGAUGCACUGUCUCCUUUUUCUACCAAAAAUUGGAGCUUUGAAACUGCCAACACGGAUCGCCUGUGGCAAUCCCUUUCUCCAGUAGAUAAGAAGCUCUUUGAUUUUGAUAUGAAGUCUCUCAGUUGGGAUGCUUAUUUCAUACGAGCAUUGGCCGGCAUGCGCAUCUACCUGGGCAAGGAGGAUCCAAGUGAAGAGAGCCUAGAGCUUGGUAAAAAGCACAUGCAAAGACUCCAUGUACUUCAUCGGGUGCUGCAGUUUAGCAUUUGCUGUGGUGUCGUCGCCACUGCAAAGUGGUUGCAUUCCCUAUUUCUAUAGACAGUAUUCAUGUAUUACAAUUUGAAUACACAUCCCAUUUUAUAAUUACAAAACAAUUUGUUUGGUGAAUGCUGUAAAAAAGAUAUAUAAAAUAAACUGCAAGUUCUCCAGCUAUCCUGCGUUUGCCUUCCUCGCACAUCCUUCUAUGUUUGUUAUUAUAAUCUCAAUAGAUUGACCAUUAUUUCAAUAAAAAUUUCGUGUUGAUAUACAA